CCUGAGGCGGCUACGCCGUAGUUCCCCGGGACUCGUGCUGGCUCGUUAAAACUUAAAUUUUUUUUAACUUUCCCGCGUUAUUUAAUUCCUGAAACUCGACGGUCUGCUUGGAAAGACGGAAAGUCGCAGAAAAUGGAGUCAUGGCUUCCACUCUUCGACAUUUUCAUGAAUUCGCCAUCACCUGAAGCAGAAGCAUCUAUGUGGUUGCAACGAUCCUUUGAUGCCUCCUCGACUGCCACCCCCAUCACCACAAAUUCUUUCCUUUCUUUGCUUACAAAACCCUCCGACGCUAUUGUCCUUGAUUCUUCUUCUUCUUCUUCUUCUUCUUCAGCUCCUCACAGAAAGAGGGUUAUGUGGAUACAAACCUUGCCAAAUGCAGUUCAGUCUCGGAUUCUCUCGUUUCUUGUUUACGACCGCCAGAGAUUCUGCGCCCAAGACUUGUGUAAACUUGCCCGCAACAUAUUGAGCGAGAGUCGAGGGCUCGACUUUUGGGUCGAGAAAGCUGCACGCCACCUGCUUGAUUUUGUGUCAGAGUCGAAUUACAGAUGGAUUUCUAAUCUGAGUUUGGAUUCUGCUGAAGAAAGGGUUGACGAAGAGUUCGAGUCGUUGCCAGAUUGGCUCAAGGAAGCAGCGGGUACUAGUGAUGUGCUCCUUCCAUGGCUUCAUGUGUCUUCUGAUGAAUUGGAUUCAAGAGCAUGUUUCAGUACUGGUGGAGAUGAUUCUGAUUCAUUGGCUGAUGUAGGAGAGGAUGAAGAAGAAAAAUUUAUCGAAGUUGAACCAGUGGUUAAGACUGGUAGUCCUACAAAUGCUCCCCUUGAUCCCGAAAUUAAAAAGAUGGCUGCUUGUUUGAAAUCACGGAUAUUGACCUAUGAAUCCACUUCCGUAACAGUUGGCUUAGCAAAUGAAAUUCACGAACUCUGCUUCAACAGAGGAGCAGAUGCUUUUGCAGUUCUUGGUCUGAUUGAACCUUGGAAUACAGAUGAUGAGACUGCCUCGAUUCUAAUUUCCCAUCUUUCAAAUGGAAGCGAGGAGGAACUUGGUUGGCCAAGCCAGGUUCUCUGCUCAAUUAUCCUCCCCAAAUUGUUCAUGCUAGACAAGCCUGCCUCUCGCGUGCUAGUGACUUCAAUAAUAGAGUACUGCAGGAGGCAUCAGAGGGCUGCUGUAUAUGCACUCUUGUUCCCCCUGAUCCUCCGGGAUGGAGGCAUCAACCACCCCAUCUGUGAUGUGAUCACAAGGAUUAUUAGGGAAUGCUUGCACCCGGCUCAUGUUUCUGCUUUCUGCCAGAAGCUUCUGUGCGGUGACGUGGCAGAAGAGAGGAAAAUCAUUUGCCUUCCCUGCCACAAAUGUGUAAUUUCCAAUGAACUGGUAUGGACAGAAUCAUUGUUUAAUCUGUUCCAAAACAUCUUGAAUCAUAAUGUUUGUUUAACCUCAGAUUCCAUCCAUCAUCUUGUUCUUCGUACACGGGAGUUAGCUGAGAGGUUUUCUAAAUCUCUGAAGUUUGGAAAUUAUUUGUUGUGUUUACUUAACAAAUGUUCUAUGUCGUUGAAAUCUCAUAAGCUUCUGUUAACUGAAACAAUUGAGCAGACCGAUACUCUUGUUACCAAAUCUUUGUUGUCAAAACUGGCAAGCUUGUAGCUACUUUGGAAUAUUUUUGGGAAGCUUUUUUGUUGCAGACAUCACUUUUUCAAGAGAGCAUAAAAAACAACAGUGAUUCUAAAGUGUUAUACAUAACUGUAGUCUGCAUACAUCCUCUUGAUCUUAUUAGACCUACCAGAGUUACUUGUAUUGAUAUUGGCUGUGCUGUAGAUAAUAAGUAAGGUUUAGACCAAUAUCUAAGUUACUAUAUUAAUUAAAUUGGUCUUCAUAAA